UGGUGUAAGUGCCCAAAACAUGAAAGGUUUGACAUCAACAAAAAGUGGUCUUCAACUGACAAAUCUUUUGGGGUGAGGGACUCACAAGAAAUAGGUAAGCAUGCAAAAUCUAAACGAUAUAAUUGUAAAACCAAUACAUUAUUUAAUUUUAUUCCCAUUGACCAUGUAGUAAUUGAUACACUACAUUUGUUGUUGAGAAUAUCUGAUAAUUUAAUUGAACUUCUUAUCAGGGAACUACGCAGAAAAGAUGCCAUUGACAAGGUAUCUACUUUUUUCAAAUGGGUUUUGUCGAAGCAGGUAUAGACACAGCUGGGUAAGAAAAAUUUGUGAAAGACCUUGGAAUUAGUUUUGAAUGGAAAAUCAAUAAGGACACCAAGACUUUGGAGUACAGAGAUCUUACAGGACCUGAAAAACUCUUGCUGUUUCAGCACAUAAAUUUCCAUUCAAUAUUAUCAGAAUGUCAUGACACGGAUAAGCUGCAAGCCCUUUGGAGUAGUUCAAUGGAU